AUGCCAACUACUGGAAGACCAAAUACCGACUACGAGCGCUGGCUUCAGCAUCACAAUCCAGACACUGAAUUUCAACCCAAUCCACAAUACGGACCUCAUCAUGGCAGUCGUUCUGGGAAAUAUCCCCCUUUUCACACACCCAAGCCUCGCAUUCCCUUCGCCGAACCCCAAAUCCGGUUUUCGCCCACAGAGAAGGAACUUGGAUCUUCUCCCAAGGAGGGCUCUAAUAUACCGACUGUUAUCUUGCUGUUGAUCUUCAUUAUCCUGGUUGCUAUUGCAUAUGUUCGGACGCAACUUGCGCACUCCUCACGGGGCCCGCAAACUGCGAGAAGAGGUGAAAAGAUUUGA